CUAUAUUUAUCAUUAACUUGACAAGUGAUAUUUCUUCGAUGACAAAUUAUUUAUCCAGUCUGACGUAUGGCACCAUUUAUAUAAUUCACAAUCCAAAUGGGAAAACUCGACGGUUAAACGAGUGCGAACAAAGCUGCGGUGAUUUAUCUGUCAACGCGACUUCCAGAGGGACAAGUGAAAAUCGUUGGUAUAUACGUUCCAUCUGUCCGGAAACUUUUGUUCCCGAGAGACUCGCUUCGCGCAAAUCGCCGAAAAAUUCUCCUCGAAAAACGAUUCGUCCAAUCUAACGGCUAACGUUCCGACGAAGAAAAACCGCAUCCGCGAUGUUCUGCAAGACACUGCCCCGCGUCGAAACGCAAUCAUGAAGGCAAUAAAGGACGCAUUGCUGAAAUGGACGUGCGAGAGACACGCCAUGAACCAACCUCUCGACAAGGGUCUUUUACGUGACAAAGCACUCAAAUUGACCAACGAGUACAGAGUGACCGGCUUUAAGUGCUCCGAGAGAUGGCUGACGUCUUUUCUGAAGAAGUGUGGCUUCUCUCUCGAUUCAAAGGGUUCCAUCGGACCGACUUUCAAUGAUUACCGACUCUGGAUUGACACAAUGAGAUUCAUCAUCAUGCAGUACAAAUACGAGAAUCUUUUUCAUCUGGACGAGCUGACGAUGUACUUGGAUGUUUCACCGAGCAGAAUCUCGUCCAUACAACAAGAUAAAUCGAAUCUGAAGAAAGCGACAAUUCUGAUGUGUUGCAACGCCUCCGGCACCGAGAAGUUGCCGCUAUUGAUCUGCGGCUCUUAUCCCACUGUGAUAACGGAAAACGACCAUGUAUACGGUCACAGCGAGGACGCUUUGAUAAGCGACAAUCUCUUGAAGGAAUGGCUGACUCGACUGAACGAUCGUAUGUCGAGCAGCAGUCGCAAGAUCCUGUUGAUGCUACACAGAAAUCGUACGAGUGCUUUUCGGAAUCUCAAACUGAGUAAUGUAAAGCACAUCUUUUUCCCCGACAAUUUCCCGUCGUUGGCAACGCCUCUGAAGAGAGACGUUUUCCAUUUCGUCAAAAUGACAUAUAGAAGCAAGUAUUUGGAAGAAAUCGGAAAACACGAGCGCCAAUGGAACGUCGGGAAUGUCGUGAGUAGCUUGGUGGAAGCUUGGCGAGAAGUUCCGCGUGAUCUCAUCGUCGCGAGUUUCCGGCGAACGAGUUUUCGAACCGACGACGAUUGUUUUCUCGAGAUCCAUUGCGACUCGCGGAAUAACGUGAGAAACGAAGUAUCGUUCAGAAAAUUUGUCAGUUUUGACGACGAUCUCUCGGCCAAUAAUACGUCAGCCCGAUCGUCUGGCAAAUCCACCGAGAAGAAUCAUGGUUAUAAUCUCAGAUCCAAAAACGUCGUUACGUUAAUCGACGAUUCGAAGGAAGAAGAUUUGGAGGAAGAGAAUCUCAUAAAUAAUCACUCUCGAGCGAGAGGAAGCGAUCGGACAAAGAAAAAACUCGUCGAUCGCGAAGUAAAGAACUCGCGAAAGACAUCAAACGAUAAAGCUCAAUUAAGCGAGGAUCGUUACAAAGAAACGAACAUUUCGAAGUCGAGUGAUAAAUCAACGUCGAAGAAUAAUGAGGACGUCGCUACUAUUUCAACAUCGGUGGGACUUCCGCGGAUUACUGACGUCCGAACAAUUGCAAAUGCAACUCGUAGCUCCGAGAAAAGUCAUUCUACUCAGGACGCUGCAAAUACCGCAUUGAUUGCAGCGGUAACAAUUGCGGAUUGUGAUCUUAAGCUCGACGAAACGGCUAAAGUUGAUGAAAAACGUAAGAAUAAUUGUACCUCGAACAAUGAACGAUCGAUCGAGUCCUCGCCGAAAAUCACUGGUUCGAGUUCCAGCGAUGUUGUGUCGCAACAAGUGUUUGACAAUACGAAGGAAUUGAUUGCGGGGAUGAUUUCCCGCGCCGUUGAGAGAAACGCGACCGAAUCGACCAAUUCGAACGGAAACGAUGACUAUUCUUCGCAAAAGUCGUUGAAAAGGCAACGAUCAUCACGUUUCACCGACGUUGAAGAAUCAAAAAAUGAUACCGAUGACAACGAACCCGAACGGAAAAAAUCGAGAUCCGAUUCCGAUUGGACGAAGCAGUACGAGACGACGUUCGUGUUCGGCUUGUCUGAUUUGACACGGACUAUACCCACUGUUUCCGCUGAUGUGCUCAGUGAUAAUGACGCACAACUAGCGAAACCGUGGAAGGUGUGCAAGACGGAACGGGGAAUCUUCACCAUAACGCCCAAGAAAGAUUGAAGAGUGAUUUCAACAGCAACGGGAAAUAAAUAAAAAUAUUCUAUGUUAAAAAAAGAAAAACGAAGAAAGAUAAA